AUGUUCGACGCGUUCUCGCGCAUCUUCGUCCGUCGCGGCUCGACCUCCUCCACAUCCGCUCCCGCCUCCGCCUCCAGCUCAGACCGGUCCCGCGAACUCGACCCACUCGCCGGGACCCCCGUCCAGGAGGUUGUCCUCAACGACUCGGACGGCGAGGGCCCGCACUUCCCCGGUCAGCUCCCCUUGACUCCCAUCUCCUACUCCCCUCCCCCCUACGCCACAUACCCGUUCCGCAACCGCGAGCGCGACAACUCGCUCCGGCUCGUGCUCGACCCCGCUGCCCCCGCCGCCGCCGACGGCCCGAGCACCCCGCUCCUCACGCGCAAGCCGUCCUCCUCCUCGCGCUCGCACUUCCAGUCCGGCUCGACGGCCACGCUCCCCGGGCCGUCGCAUGUGCAGUGGAAGACCCCGGUGCCGACCCCGACCCCGACGACGGCGUCGUCGAGCCACACGGGCGCGACGAUCGUGCAGGGCUACUUCCACCAGUCCACGCCGACUCUCUCCCGUGUGCAGACGCAGACACAGGCCGAGGGGCAGGGCUGGGGCGACAGCCCCCAGUGGCAGACCCCGCCGUGGGUGGGGCAGCGCCGGCAGAGCGGCCAGAACAGCCCCGCGCGGUCGCUGAACAACGUCCCCACAGCGUCGUCGUCUGCGGGUCCCUCAGCGGGGCACCCCCUCGGGAUCAGCAGAAGCGCGUCCUCCCCGACGCUGGCCCAGCCGCCCCCGGUCGGCGAGGUGCCUGUCGUGGUCCGCGCGGACGAUCCGCCCGCUCGACCACCGUCGAUUGGGCGCAGGAGCGUGCGUUCGGUGCAGCGCGGGGUGGACUCGAGCUACAACACGUCGGAGGAGUCGGACGAGAGCGACCGCGAGGCGUCGGUGCGGUACACGAGUCAGCUUGGAGGGUAUCCGCACGUCUUGGGAGGCGGGCUGUUCUCGCAUGGUGGAGGCAGCGGGGGCGGGAAUGGGACUGGGGGCGGGAUCGGGAAUUGGAAUGGGAGCAGUGGAAGUGGAAGUGGGACGGGGACGGGGACGCUCGCGCACAGCCUGCCGAAGCCGCUCUCGCCGAUCCACGAGCAGCAGGUGCCGUUCCCGUACCACCGCAAGCUGUCGACGGACAGCGUGCCGCGGACCCCAGACUCGACACGCACCUUUGACCGGGCGAGACCUUCCCGUGGCUGGCUGCCAGCGACGGCGUCGUCCGCCGCACUCAACGCCUUUCUCCACCGCCCGCUCAAGCGUUCUAUCUCCCAGACCUCGACCAGCACCCACCGCUCGACGGUGUCCGCAGUCCCGCCAGUGAUCCCCCCGCUCGACCUCCGCCCUAACUUCCAGACCGCCGUCGUGGCCAACACGAGCCGCUCCGGGUCUCCCGUCGGCUCCGCCCCACACACCAUCGCGCUCGCGCCGCAGCCCGUGCCGCGCAAGUCGCGCCUGCCGAUCCCAACGCUGCCGACGGUCGUCGGCUCGCCGCGCACCGCGAACGUGAACAUGGUCUCGGUCAUCUACGAAGACUCGGGCGGGCCGAGCGCGCGCACGAGCAGCUUCAUCACCGCGCCCUCGCCCGCGUCACCCAGCACGCCGACGAGCGACGUGGGCACACACCGCUUCUCGUUGGGGCGCGAGCUCGCGGCGAUGUACGUCGACCCGAGCGCGAUCCGCGCGAGCGACGGCACGGGGGACACCAGGGAGACCAGGGCGACGCGGGAGACGGAGGAGACGGGAGAGACGGCGAUGCCAACGCGCCCGGCGGGGCUCGAGCACUAUUCGCCCGACCCGGACGCGCACCUCUCCCUCUCCGCGCGCUCGCUGGACAGCGUCGGGCGCCCGACGAGCGACGUGCCCAGCCGCCGGCCGGGGAACCCGACGCCGCCGAGCACGCACUCGCGCCUGUCCGCGCCGCGCGACUCGUUCCUCCUCGCGCGCGUGCGCCCGCCGUCGCUGGCGGUGCCGGACGGGGAGUCGUUCGUCGAGCAGCGGUGGCUCGAGGUCGUCGCGCUCGGCGCGGGGAAGCGCUUCAGCAUCGAGAUCCCGCGGCGGCGCGUGCCCGGCGCGAAGGGAGGCGCGGUGGAGGACGGGCGCGGGUGCGCGGGGCCGUCGUACGCGUGCGUGCUGUUCUGGCUCGGGUUCGUCAUGCCCUGGUGCUGGCUCGUCGGCGGGUGGCUCGUCUCCUCCUCCGUGUCCGGGGCGCCCGCGUUCGGGACGAGGAAGCACGCGAGGUCGAAAUCGAGGGAGGAGGGCGCGCCGCUGCUCCCGCUCUGGCACGGGCACAAGUUCAAGCUGCCCGCGAUUGCGAGGAAGGGCCGCUGGCGCGGGAGCGUGGACACGGCGAAGACCCGGGACGUGAUGGAGGAGGCCGACGCGGACGCGGACGCGCAGAGCCGGACGGUGGUCGGGACGGAGGCGGGGCACACGACGCUCCGCGCGAGCAAGGACUCCAAGGCGACGCUGCUCGUGCCGUCUGCCGCGCCUCCCGCGUCCACACACGAGUCCAGGCCAGAACCCGAACCCACGAAGAAGACGGCGACGGCGGGGACCCACGAGCACACCGCGGGACAUUCGGUGAACGGCAAGUCACUCUACCCGCUCUUCGCGCCGUCGCUCGAGUCGCUGGUGCCGCCCGCGGCGGUGAAGAGCGACGAGUCGUCGGUGCGGCUGCAGAAGUGCGUGCCGCGCGCGCGGAGGGCGCACAGGGACCCGUGGGUGCGCCGCUGCCGAAUCGCGGCGGCGUGCAGCGGGGUUCUGGUUUUCGUCGCGUUCGUCGUGGCGAUGGUGUUCGUCGCGGGCGUGCGGCCUUGA